UCUGGAAACAGGGUUUUCUCCAAGACCUCAGAAGUGCUUUCAGCUUGAUGUUCCUUUUGGGCUUAACUUGGGGCUUUGUCUUUUUUGCCUGGGGAGCAGUGAGGAUAUUUUUCUUGUAUCUCUUCAGCAUUUGUAACACCUUGCAAGGGUUCUUUAUCUUUGUGUUUCACUGCUUAAUGAAGGAAGAAGUAGUGAAGCAGUGCCGAGUGCACUUUUGCUGGGGGAGAUUUCGUCUGAGUAAUUAUUCUGGCUGGAGUGGGUCAGAUGCAACUGCUGGAUCUACACCAAGGCAUUUAAACCACAAAUCACCAUCCCAGGCUUUGUGGAGCCUAAAUUCUAAUGGAACAAGUUCAACUUUCAAUGGUUCAGAUUUUCUUCCCAGGACUUCUCUGGAUAUAAAUUUUAGGAUCGCUGAAGUUCAUUACAACCCCAGUGCUGUACCUCCAGAAGAUGGUGAGACCAAACAUCCUUGCUCACGAAGAAUACUCCCCAUGGAUUCAGGGCGGCACUAUCCACAGAAAGCAAGAUUUUUUCAUUGAUACUGAG